UCUAAUUUGCCAGCUGAUCAGACCACUCCCAACAGAAGGACGCUAGAUCCCUUACCGGGAGGGAGACAACGCUCUGGACGGAUGGACAGCAGCGGACUGGGUUGCUGCUCUUCUUUUCCCUCGGUGUCGCUGCUCACUGGAUCUCCUGUGCCCUGGUGGAGCCGACUCCCAGACUCUGCAGACUCUACGCUCACAAACUCCGACUAAAAGGGGAAGUGGUCCUUUUCCUCCACACUGAUCCGUGUGUGUUUUUAGCAUUUGAGCUAAAUGAGUAGUUUUUCGUUUUCUGUGAAGGUACCAGAUCCAGGGGCCGACGGCGGAGCAGUGGGGACGGCAGUAUUCGUUAUGAGCGCACAUGAAGUAUAGGAAAGGAACUAACGCAGACCUUCCGUGCCGGCGCCAGGGGAAACCAGGAGCUGACUCCAGGCUAGACUGGACUUUGGGUAUUGGUAAUCAUGAGUGUAUCAGCAACAUUGAGGACCCAGACUUAAUGAGGGUGGUGUACAUGCUGCAGUCUUUCCCCAUGGAUGAUGCUGUCCGUCUCCUAAACCCUAUCCUAUCUGCUGAAACCUGGCCGCUCAGCACUUCUGGGCCUCGUCUGACCUUCUGCCAUCGAACUCGAGCGCUGCUUUGUCUUGUCCGCCUCGCUGAUUCGGCCACUCUGGAGGCUGAGUUGCAGAUCCCCAGGAACAAAAUUCAAUAUUAUCUGAAAUGCUACAUCUUUGUCUCUCAACUGGAGGCAUUAAACAUCCCUUACACGGUGCAGUCUUUCCUCAGUAGUCCCAAAGAGGGCUUGGUUAAAGGGUUGUGGAAGAACCACAGUCAUGAGCCGCAGGCGGUGCGGUUGGUGGCUGACCUGUGCUUGGAGUAUCGGGUGUACGACCCUCAGCUGUGGAACAGUCUGCUUCAGAAGCUGCUGGGCUUCAACUUUAUCAGCCACCUCCAGAAGGUGCUAGAGGCAGUAGUGGCUGUCCCUGCUCUGUGGGAGAUUUCCAGUUUCUCCAGGACCUGGAGGAGUAUGAUACUGGCACCUUUUGUCUCAGCUUCUGUUCCUCUGAGUCCUGAUCAACAGGCAACACUCUACAGGACCUUUGUUCUCCUCCUUAAGUGCCCUUUCCUGUUGAAUCUGAACUUGAUAUGAAUUGCCAAUCGCUUCGCACAGUUCAAUCUGCCAGCCUUUGCCCUGGGAACUCUCCUUCUCAUCCCCUGUGCCAAUAAAAAGUCCCAGCAGAUCCAGGGCUUUCUGCCUGUGUGUAACCCAGUCGUGUCCUUGUGGAAGAGCUCAUGAACACCGGGGAAUAGCUGGUUCCCUCACAGAGAAGGAGAACCUGGAAAUGAGUAGGGGGAAAUGCACCGCUACCAAGCCAUGACAAAGCGGACCAAUCAGUUGUUGCGGUGUGUGUCAUUGCGACACGUAGUUGCAUUUCUGCGGAGGUGUACGGCAGGCUACGGCAUAGGGUCCAUAUCUACGGUCAGGACGAUGCUGACUCACUCGCUCGUGAGUACAUGAAACACAGAGAGCAGCAAAGAGGGAACACGCUGACAAACGGCUCACCUUCACCGAGCUGCCUUAAGGAGUUUCUCAACAUGCAAUAUGGAGUUUUGGGAUGAACAGACUAUUUCUGCAGCUUUAUGUUUUCACACUUGGUCUAUUUUGGGCUCAGAUGCAAUAUCUUUCAACUAUACAUGUAAUCUUUUAAUAAAUGCUUUUCAAUAUAGCUUGUAGCGGAUUCCCUGAAAAAAAUGAUCACUGUCA